ACUUUUAUUAGCUUGCUAUUAUUUACCUGACAGCUUUGAGUCAUACGCACUGGCGAGGAUCUAUUUUUAGAACACUGUAGACAAGCAUUAGCGCGGUAACCCGGAUUAGCGUGCCACUACAGCAAUAUCCGCCAUUUUGCUAAGGUUGUCGCUACACUCUGUGUUUGGGGUAGAUUUUUAAUAUGGACGAAAAGAUGGAAAUAUUUAAAUUAGCACAGUCUUACAAAAUAGACUGGGGACUUGUGCUGGACGGCAAAGUUUAUGAAGUACUUAGUGCGCAUGCGCAGUCAAUGGGCUGCGAACUUGAUCUUUUUAUGCUGCCACUGUUCGUUUCUGCGGCUAAUUUCAUGGGACCAAAAACAAAAAUACAGAUUACCCAGAGCUGGAUUGAGCGACCAAGUCUGAUGGGCAUAGUUGCAGCUAGACGCGGUGAAAGGAAAACUACUGUGUUAAACUUUAUCAAAAGUUGCAGCCGACGAGUUCAAACCGAGACCAGGGUCACUAAAGAAGAAGAAACAAGGUCAACAGAGACUGGACUAAAAGACGCAAUGAAUGUUGAUGGCGUCACAGAGACAUGUAACGUGAAUGGGAGCAGAUUGUUUGUCAUUGAUGAUCUAGACGAAGUGAUGAAACAAGUGACCAAAGCGCCAGAUUUCUGGAACUCGUAUACCCUGCAGAAGUCAGUUUUAUUCCCUUAUUCAGACGCUUCCUACAGUGAAAACAUCAAUGUUGCAGCAACCGUGCAGGGAGCACAGAUAACAGAGAUCAUAAACUGGCCCGAUCCUGGGAGACUGCUGGACCGGGUUUUAGUUUUAUGUGCACGUGAUUCGGAGGAAAUGACGUUUUCUUUGAAACAAUGUACGUCACUUCAUAUCAUUUUUCAGAGAGUGCACGAGUUAUACAAUAACAAUGAUAUUACAUACACAUUUAGCGACGAUGCAUUGCAAGAAUUGGAAAGAAUGGCUGGAGUGGUGAAUUCAAUAAAGAAAGAGUGCCACAACGACGAGUUAAAACGAGGCUGUGCUAAUCACGUGAUGAGCCAAACGGCGCGAUUAAGUGCAGUUUCCCAUGCUCUGACGCAUGCUGUUUCCGAUAGCAGAUCAGACUAUGUGAUUUCAAAAACGACUGUUCAGGGUAUGUUUGUAAUCUGUUUGUACAUGCUGCGACAGAAAUGUCUUUUGUUACACGGCUCCGACUCCGCGGGUUACUCCCAGCUCUUCCACUCCAUAUUGAGUAGUGAAGUCGAAUUGCUAAAGCCAACGGAAGUUCGCAAUGCCUUUAAUUCUCAAGAAAAUGGAGAUGAUGUUAUAGAAAUAACUCUAGAUGGAAAUAAUGAACCAGUAGCCAGAAUUAUACCUAAACGCGAGGAUAAAGAAGAAAAUCCCUCCAUGGAAGCCUCGUCAUCAUCUGACGUCACAAUUUGGCAGAUGGAAAGCAGAGACCGUGACGAAAAUCAAACGGAGCGGAGCCUGAGCAGUAUGUAUUACCCGGGUGUUCAGACUUCACAGCAGCAGAUAAUAGAGUACCAAAAACAGCAUGGUAUGAUGACUACUUCACCGAGCAGAGAGACGGUGAAUCUUCAACACUAUGAACCUGACCAGCUUUGUGUAUCUAAAAACGAGAGUCCAAAACAGGACAACAUGACAAGUGUACUGAGACCAAGGGGCAAGUUCCGCCCACCACCCCCACCUUUGAAACCCCGCCCCCACCAGCUGCACAUGAAUCGUCGGUUUAUUCCCGCACCAAAACGACUGAACGACAGGACACAGCACAAAACAUGUGUCUUUACCUGUAGUGACAAUAUAUUUGUUCAGAUUUGUUUUGCCAAGAUCAGAAAAUGUCUGCUGACCAAAGGACUGUUCAUUACCUCUUCGUACGCCUGUCAGUAUCGACUCUUCCCUCCCGUACCGUUAGUACAGAGGACUUCAUCCCCACGGACAACUCACCCGUCUUGGGCAGCCGUCAAGUUUUUCGAGAGGUUGGAGACCCUAGGCUUUGGCGAGGUCACAGUUUUUCGCUCUCAGUCGGUAAAAUUUAAGAAGAAGCCCCUUGAGGAGAUGUCGGAGAGAGCUAGGAAUAUUCUCAAACAAGUAGGAAUAGCGGAGGAUGAAUACAUAUCAGCGCUGACGACAGAUGAUGACGUCAGUCUUACGUCAUUACCGGAGUACAACUAUCUUUUCACUGUUAAUCAGAACGGGAACAUGGAAACCGAAGACGCAGAAGAACAAGUUCAAGUGAGAUGAAAGCAUCUUCAAGUUAAAAUACGGUCCGGUGUUAUCGAGACAAAUCAAUCUUUUGUCUUUUUAUUUGUUUCAAAUCACGAAAUAGUACUGAAACACUUGUUCAACGGUUUUCUUUUUCCACCAGUUUUGUGUUCUUUUUACCAAUAAAAAUUGUUGUUAACGAC